AUGUCGAGUGCUCCUCCUUUGAAGCCCCGAAAAGAGAGCGAUUGCUGCGCCAUCCGCGCGUUCUACAGUGGUAGCGGAGCCCCGGCGACGGCUGGGGUGACGCGAGUGGUCUUCUACCUCAAGAGGGGGACGCCCCGUGGCGAGGUGGACGAGCUGGAGGAGAAGGAGUGGCUUCAUCUUGCAGAGGACCUCAUCAGCUACGGCAGCCCGGAGAAGUACCUUUACAAAGGGAGUGGACCUUGCGGUCCUAGCAUGGAGACAGGGGCACGGCUGACAGGCUUUCCCUGGAGAGGCCAAGGCGGUGGAGGCAAUGCGGCUGGCAUGACAGCCGGUGGUGGCGAUGACGAGGACCCGGAUGACGAGUACGAGCCGGUGGACGUGGAGUUGCCAGCAGCAGGCAUGGGAGCUGGAACCGUUGCCCCGCGACCAAGGUCACGGCCGACUACCCCAACAGCUAGCGAAAGCCGGAAGUUCUUCGACUACAAGAUGGACCCAGCACCGAGCUGGGGAGGCGACCAGCCUGAGAAGAAUUGGAAAGAGUACCACAGGAAUUUGCAGCUGUGGUUGAUCGAAGCGGAGUCCAGACUUCCGCCGACCCUCAUCGGCAAGAGGAUCAUAGAUGGCAUCCCGCUGGGCAGCAAGCUGAGUGCUCUGGUGGCUCAUCUAUCAGUGGAUGAGAUCUGCGCGGCUGAGGGCUACAAGGCCAUCGUGCGGAUCAUUGAGGAGGCCCACGAGUAUCUCAGGGACCAGCGGCUGGAACAGUCCUUCGAUGAGGCGAUCUUUCGUGGUAAGCGUGAUCGAGGACAGAGUAUCACGAACUUUUUCUCCAGCAAGAAGGCAGCGUUUGCCGAGCUCCGGAAGCAGGGACUGGACCUCCUGGAGAAGAAGGCCGGAAGGCACCUCCUCGGACACCUCAUCUUGCGCCAAGGCAACUUCAGCACUGACCAGAAGCAGCGCUUGAAAGUGGUAACGGAUGGAAGUAUCGACUACCAGGAAAUCGAGAAGGCCAUCCAGAAGAUAUUUGGCGAUAAACUGGAUGAAGUGGGCUAUCAUGAUCAAGCACAAGGUUCUGGAGGUGGAGGACGUUGGAGACGGUCAUUCUGGGAGUCUGGCCCUGGUGAUGGCGAUUACGAGGCGGAGUACCCUGACGAGAGCUAUGAGGGUGGUUACUACCCCGAGGGCACCUACUACAGCGAGGAGAUUGAGUACGAGGAUUACCUCUUUGAGGAUCUGCUGGACUUUGGCGACCUUUCAGAUGAACCCCAUAUGAUCUUCAUGGGAGAGGUUCCUACGGUCAUGGACGAGGACGAAGCCUUGGAGAUCGUGAGUAACUACUUGGAGAAAACGCUCUAUGAGGUGAGAGACCGCAUGAAAGGCAAGGGACACGGCAAGAAGGGCAAAGGAAAGGGCAAGUUUGGAGCUCGCAAUCACACCGUUGGGACGAGCCCGCAGUUUGGAGGUGGUCGUGGUGGCUACCUUGAACACAGGAAGAUGCUCCAGAUGACCCGCAAUGCCCGAGGCUUUGAGCGACCCUGGCAGCAGAAGGGAGGCAAGAAAGGAAGCAGCCGUGCAAGCCUGAGUGAGAUCAAGAGCAAGACCCCAUCUUCACCCACCAGGAAUUUCAUGCCGACGGCCAAAUCCGUGCGCUGCGGCCGGCGGCGGCGCUUGUUGCUGCGAGUUUGCUACUAUGCUUCCCUGCAGGCGUGGCAAGGCCUGCUGGAGGUGAGCCGUGGCUUUGCAGCUGCAGCAGGAGGAGCAGAAGAUUAUCUCACAAGCUACAGCCCAAAGUUCGAGCACGUUGACCAUCAAGAAGCCAAAGGACGAGGGCGAGAGAAUGCGACCGCUGGCGGAGAUCAUGGGUCAUGGGAAGUAUACCUGGUGCCGAAGCUGGAGGACAGCGCGAACUGCAUCCACGAGAAGCGGCAGCAUGGGGCGAACAAGUACUGGAGUUUCCAGAAGGGCCUCAAGUGCAAGCAAGAGCAGAGGAUGCCGCUAGUAGUGGUGAGUCAGCUGACCCAGUGGAACGACAUCAAGGUGUACCUCAAGCCCGACUAUCAGCUCGGACCGGCGGACGCCAAGAAGAAGGCUUCGGCCAAGACGGCGGUGAAGUCAGCAGCAAGAGCCCCGGUGGUCUCAUCGGCACCUACACAGCAGGUCAAGGUAGAGAAUGUGGGGGACAGCGACGACAGCGACAGACCUACGCUGUACCUGAACAUCCACAAACCGACGAGCUACUUCAUCUGGAAGUGCACCGAGCGGAAGUGCCAGCUGUUCUGGAGUGCAAUCCUGGACGAGCUGAAGACAGCGCAGGGAGUGGUACUAUGCCCGCAGUGCCAGAAGUCGGACAUGCUUCUGCACAGACCGGACGGGAACGAGGACGAGGUCUACGAGUGCACCGACCUGGGUUGCAUGUGCGCUUUUCCAGCGAGCGACAAGAGAUCGAUCCGGAAGCAUGUGGGCAGCUACGAUGUGAACAAGCUCAUUUUGACCCGGUGCGGGGAAGGUGACUACUGGAACCUGGUGGAUGUGGCCAGGAGCGCGGCGGACAACUAUGACUUGAACAAGUCCAUGGAGUACUUGGUCCUCUACGAGUUCGACCAGGAGUUCAUCGAUUACAUGAACGAUGAGGACACCGAGAAAGGCUUCACAAGCAUGCCGCGGAAUGUCAGGUUGGAAUUGCAGACUGCUGUGAACGAGUUGAUCGGCGACCAGGUGGACGACUGGACGCUGUGGGAAGAAGAACAACUGGAUGAUGUGGCCGAGAUCUACGGUGGCCUUAAAAUUCAGAACAACAAGUUCGACCUGAACGGGACGGACGCGAUUGUCGAGAUCUAUAGUGGACCACGAGUGGUGGCGGAAGCGGCAGCCAGAGGAUUGCAAGCAAGUCUCUCAGUGGACCUCAAAACGAACUACGACCUCACCGAUGAGAGCACGAAGGAGAGAGUGAAGAAAGAGCUUCGCCGAAGGCGACCCAAGCUACUGGUGACGAGCCCACCGUGCACCAAGUUCUCUCCACUGCAAAACCUACGACAACAUCCUGAGAGACUGCAAGAGGAGCUUCUGGAGGCAAUCGCCCAUGUGGAUCUCAGCAUGGAACUACAGCUGGAUCAGCUAGACCGAGGUGAUCACGGUCUUCAUGAACACCCAGACACGGCGACCUCAUGGACUUUGCCAAGUGUGGAGAAGUUCAUCGCGCAGGAUAAUGUCAAGCUGGUGAAGAACUCUCUUUGCCGGUUUGGGCUGCAAGUUGGAUCUCAAGGUGCCACGCGCUGGACCGAGACAGAGGACCUGGAGGUGGACAUGGGCGCUGCGAAGUACAAGUACCUCGUGGUGAUGUACUCGUACCCGAUCAUGCAGGAGAGCUACAUGGAAGCAUCUGCCAGAGGGAUCACCAAUGCAGAGAAGGCGGCGGUGAUGAGGAGAGGAGACCUCUUCAAGCAGGUGUACUACAAGACGAGACUGACCAACGAUCACGGGGAGUUUGAGCAGACGCAGAGCAUGGAUCAGUCCUGGAAGAAAGCAGAGGAGAUUAGAGCUGCAGCCCGGAAAGCCUUGGUGGACCUCGACAGCCAUGCCAAGGUCGGACCAUGUUUCGUGGUGCUGCAAAAGGGUGACACCGUGUGGAUCACCAAGAGGGGAGAACUAUGGAAGUGCAACAAGGCGCAGGUGUUUCCCAUGGGCAACCUCGAGAAGCAAGGCCUGGAAGUCAUUCCACUUGAUGUACUUCGGGCCAAGGAGAAGCUGAACUACCAACGCCUGGGUUGCAUCGAUGUGACUCGAGAAGGACUACCUGCCGAAGAAGCAGAAGGAGAACCUGGUGAAGAAGGACCUGGUGUGGAACCACAGGUGCCGGAUGAACAGAUUGAGAACACCCAAUCCUUCGACACCCGCACCACGGACGCCAACACCGGCACCUUCCACACCGGUACCUGCCAAUGCUGCGCCUUCAACUGGUUCCGGACCUCCAAUUCACAUGGACCGCUGUGGGAGGAUGUGGUGAGACGAGUCACUCGGGACAUCAUCAACGAGAGAGUGGUAGCAGAUGAGACGAUCGAUGCCGGCCAGACUGCGAAGAGCCUGUAUCGAAUGCAGAGCGGCAAAGACAAGCCGAGCAAGAUGGAUGAGGAGGAUGCGAGGCUGGUAGAGACAGGCAUGAAGAGAAGCCUGGAGGAGAACCAGCAAGCAAGUAGAACUACGACCAGAACGAAGAUCUUUGUUGUUUGGCGAGCAGAUGACCAGACGGCGUGGGGAAACAAGUCCAACUUCCCCAUCGUUGCGAAUGAGAGAGACCUGCUGACCUUCCACAAGGCGAGGACCUCGGACACCCUCUACAACGAGAGAGACAUCCACAAACACUUGGCCUAUCUCACCAAGCAGAGUGGGAAGGAGCUGGACUAUAAGCGGCUGACCGACAAGGAGAAGAUCCGCUUCGAUGAUGAGAAAGAGUUGGACAAGAUCCGAAGGGAUUUUCCCAGCCGGAUCAUGCCAUCCCGAUUCCUGCUGACCAAGAAAGCGGGAGAAGUCGGAGAAGAUUGGAAAGCAAAGGCGAGAUGGAUUCUACUUGGGCACCGAGAUCCUGACGCGGCCCAACUGGAACGUUAUGCACCAACCCCAUCAUCGACCACGGUGAUGUUGUGCCUUCAGACCAGCGCUAGCUGCAAGUACAAGCUCUACAUCAUGGACGUGUCCUCGGCAUUUGGACAGUCAGACCCGCAGGUUAUCACCGCGGUCUAUGGGCUUGUGAAUGCACCGGCGGUGUGGCGGAAGACAGUCAGUCAGUCUGAAGACUUUGAGAUAAGAGUGAGCAUGAAGCGCUACAUCCAGGAGAAGCUCAAGCCGGUGGAGUUGGAAAAGAACCGCAUCAAGGAGAAGGACAGUUUGCUGAGUGAGAAAGAGAUUCGCUGGCUACGUGGAGUUGGCGGAGCUCUUCUAUGGGUUGGCAAGGAGGGCAGGCCAGACAUCGCAGGGGCAUGCGCCAUGGCGAUGAGCUGGAGCCCACCCGGGCCAACGGUGGAGCGCAUCCUGCUGGCCAACAAGACGGUGAAGGAGAUCAAGGCCACAGCGGAGGUGGAACUUCGGAUCCUUCCUCUGGAUCCUCAUGAAGCAAUUUGGAUGAGUGUGGCGGACGCUUCGAUGGCCAAUGUGGAGAACAAGUCGCAGGGUGGCUUCGUACUGGCACUGGCACACAGGGACAUCAAGACGGGCAAGGCAGCGGCUUUCAGCAUCAAUUCCUGGCGGAGUGACCGCCUGAAGAGGGUGGUCAAGGCGACACUUGGAAGUGAGGCCUUGGCUAUGGAUGACGCUCUGGCGGAGCUGGAGUGGAUUCGGGCACUUUGGUGCGAGAUCCUGGACCCGGCCAGUUGCAUCUUGGACGGCACGAGGUUCGGGGACAAUGAGUCGGUGCUUGCGGUCAGGCAGACGGACAACUCUGAGAGCAUUCAUGUGACAGAUGCCAAGGCGCUGUUUGAUUUGCUAGAGCGUAGGAGUGGCAACGCUGGGCACUGCCGGCGGGCCCAGAUUGAUGUGAGUGUCAUUUGCAUCAGCGCACGGACACUCAGAGUGACAACACACUGGGUUCCGGGCGAGCACAUGAUCGCUGACCCGCUCACGAAGCGAUGUGGGAACAGCCAGCUGAUGCGGCGAAUUUUGCGUUUGGCGCAAUACGCGCUAAGCCAGUCAGGCUUCCAUGAGUUGCAGGACAAGGAGCCCCCCCGAAGGAUGUGA